UACAUACGUAAGGGAGAUAUGUCGUUCCUGACGACUUAGAUUCAAGUACCUUGCAGGCAAAAGAUAAAAAGAUGCAACAUAGUACCUACCUACCUAUAUAGGUACAUUAAAUAGCAUUUUUGGUUAGACUACCUGCUUAGGUACGUGUACAUACCUAUUUGCUAUCAAUAAUACAUCUGGAAGGUCGUUUCCCUACCUCAAAUGUGCGUCAUUGUCGCCCAUUCCGUUAAUGCCCAGGUGAUCACGUGCUGCCCCGCAACCGUGCGCCCGAUUUUUUUUUCCAGAGGGAAACCCAACCUUAUUAGAUCUUCUUGCCAGGUCCCGCCGCCUCUCGAAACUCUCAAAAAAAACAUUAGCCCGCUCAUCAUUUCAACGACUAUUUUACGAAUACCCCCCGUAAUACUCUCAGCGGAUCUUCUCUCAAUAAUAUCAAGUACGUUCGCCCGCUUCUCGAUAUAUCUUCAAUAACUCGUAUCGAGGUUACAAAAUACCAUUCUACGCUUUUUCUUCCCUUUCCAUCAUUUAGUCAUCCCCCACUAACGCCGAGCCUAGUCUUCCCCCAUCUUCUGUUUACCUCACAUUGACAGAGGAUUCCACAAUGGCUACCGAGACGCCCACCUUCAAGCUCGUCCUUGUCGGCGAUGGUGGUACUGGAAAGACCACCUUCGUCAAGCGCCAUCUGACGGGUGAAUUCGAGAAGAAGUAUAUGGCAACCCUUGGUGUUGAGGUCCACCCCCUCGGCUUCACGACCAACUUCGGCAACAUCACCUUCGAUGUGUGGGAUACUGCUGGCCAGGAGAAGUUCGGUGGUCUCCGUGACGGUUACUACAUCAAUGGCCAAUGCGGUAUCAUCAUGUUCGACGUGACCUCGCGAAUCACGUACAAGAAUGUACCGAACUGGCACCGUGAUCUGGUCCGUGUUUGCGAGAACAUCCCUAUCGUUCUGUGCGGCAACAAGGUCGACGUGAAGGAACGCAAGGUUAAAGCCAAGACUAUCACCUUCCACCGAAAGAAGAACCUUCAGUACUACGAUAUCUCCGCCAAGUCAAACUACAACUUCGAGAAGCCCUUCCUCUGGCUGGCCCGCAAGCUCGUUGGCAACCCUCAACUAGAAUUCGUCGCUGCUCCCGCUCUGGCACCCCCCACUGCCGUGGUCGAUGAGGCACUUCUCAAGCAGUACCAGGAGGAGAUGGACAGCGCUGCUCAGCAGCCCCUGCCUGGUGAGGAUGAGGAUGAUGACUUGUAAAUGAGUUACGACGAGAGGACACGAUUGGUGGACUACGAGGAUUAUGGUAAUACUUUAAGUUCGGAACGACAAGGGGGCUACUUGUGCGGGUUAAUGCAGAACGGCUGCGUACGCUCUGGGUUGGGGUCGAUAACCUUUCAUGGCCGUUGAUUUCAGAUGCAUGGCUGCAUUUGCAGCUUUCUAGAUAGCAAACCCCCCCUAAAUAGACAGUUAUAUGAGAAGGAAUUGCAGUCUACUAUUACGUACAUAGGUGUUUCGCCUUUUAGACGUCUGUGCAAUAUGAAAAAUAUACUGCUAAUCCUGAACUAUAUUUAAACUUGGUCC